CCGUUAACACACGAUCACAUGACAGAGAAUCAGCUCCACUUCAAAAUGGCUUUAAAGUGUGACAGGUUUCGGAAAUAUUCCGCGGGUCUAGCCGUGGUUUUGGCGUGUGUUUUAAGCGCCCCGUGCGCGGCUCGCUACAGGGGUUCACAGAGACGUGGAGCUCGGCUGGAGUCUGGAGCCGAGGAGCAGUGGUUCAUCCAGAGACUCGACCACUUCACAGGAGCAGACGCUCGAGUCUGGAAACAGAGAUACUUCGUGAACGACAAGUUCUAUCGUCCCGGGGGUCCGGUCUUCCUGAUGAUCGGGGGUGAAGGCCCGGCAAACCCUGCGUGGAUGCAGCACGGGACCUGGCUGCUUUACGCACAGAAACUGGGUGCCUUGUGUUUGCUGCUGGAGCACAGGUUCUACGGGAAGAGUCACCCGACCGAGGACCUGAGCGCUGAGAAUCUGCGUUUCCUCAGCAGUCGCCAGGCAUUGGCCGACCUCGCUCACUUCCGCACGGUUACCGCGGAGACGCGGGGCCUGACCAAUAGCAAGUGGGUUGCGUUUGGAGGCUCGUACCCAGGAUCCCUUGCGGCCUGGUUCCGUCUGAAGUACCCGCACCUGGUGCACGCCUCGGUAGCGACCAGCGCACCUGUUCACGCCGCGGUCAACUUCCCAGAGUAUUUAGAAGUUGUGUGGCGAUCGCUAGCGGCAGAAAACCCGGAGUGCCCUCUAAUGGUGAAGAAAGCGUCUGACACUUUGGUAGAACGACUCGGUGACCCAAAAACUUAUGACAAUAUCACAAAGGACUUCGGGUUGUGCUCUAAGCUCCAGAUCCAGUCCCAGAUGGACUCGGCGUAUCUUUUGGAGUCCUUGGCUGGGAAUUUCAUGGAUGUUGUGCAGUACAACGAGGACAACCGAGCAUUUGAGGGCGCCGUGGGCACUAACAUCACCAUCAAGGUGUUGUGCAGCGUGAUGCUGGACUCUUCUCUGGGCGAGGCGUACGAUCGAUACGCUGCUGUGGCUCGACUGAUGCAGAGCACGUUCUCUCAGCCCUGCAUAAACACCCAGUACAAGAGCUACGUCCAAGACAUGAGCAACACAAGCUGGAGCGGCCCUGAGGCGGGAGGAGGACGGCAGUGGGUGUAUCAGACCUGCACUGAAUUUGGUUUUUAUCAGAGCACUGAUUCGCCGAACCAGCCCUUCAGUGGGUUUCCCUUACCCUAUCACCUGCAGCAGUGCGCCGAUAUUUAUAAUCUGAGCACCUCAUUGGACGAUGCUGUUCAGCAGACCAACGAGGAAUAUGGAGGAUAUGACAUCAGGACCAGUCGCAUCGUCUUCCCUAACGGUUCCAUCGACCCCUGGCAUGCCCUCGGAGUGACCCGGGACAUCGCAAGCGAUCUUCCGGCCGUCUUCAUCAAAGGUACGGCUCACUGCGCUAACAUGUACCCGGCCCGAGCGGAAGACCUUCCACAGCUGAGUUUAGCACGGGACCGCAUCUUCAUCCUGCUGCAGAAGUGGCUGGCCGAGUGAUUGACAGGAGCAGCAGCCAAUCAGGUGCACCGAUGCCUGUGACGGCCAAUCGCGGCGUUUAACAGCGCGAAGAAGGAAAUCUUGGUUGGGAAACCAAUCGACGGCGUUUUUAUAACAAUCUCGAAUUCUGAAUCGGUUUUGAAUGUAAUUUUGUUUAUGAAAGUACAAAUGGAUUUUUUUUUUCUGAGUGUUAAUCACUUGUGUAUAUUUCGCAGUAGAGGUUUCUCAAUAAAAUAAAUUUUAUAAUGUCAAAAAAACGUUAUGAUUGAU